CCGCCGCCGGCCGGUGGCGGCUACCCUCCUGCGCCGAUGGCCCAGCACGAGCCGACCUUCAAGAUCUUCUGCCGCGCCGACGAGGCCUACUGCCUCACCAUCCGCCACGACGCCGUCGUCCUCGCCCCGACCAACCCCCGGGACGAGUACCAGCACUGGUACAAGGACAUGAGGCACAGCACGCGGGUGAAGGACGCGGAGGGCCACCCGGCGUUCGCGCUGGUGAACCGCGCGACGGGGCUCGCCGUCAAGCACUCGCUCGGGCAGUCCCACCCGGUGAAGCUCGUUCCCUACAACGCCGACUACCUGGACGAGUCGGUGCUGUGGACGGAGAGCAACGACGUGGGCAAGGGCUUCCGCUGCAUCCGCAUGGUCAACAACAUCCACCUCAACUUCGACGCCCUCAACGGCGACAAGGACCACGGCGGCGUCCGCGACGGCACCGGCGUCGUGCUCUGGGAGUGGUGCAAGGGCGACAACCAGAGCUGGAAGAUCCUGCCGUGGGGCGCUGGCGGAGACGGCUACGCGCAUCCGCCGGCGCCGCAGCCAGCCUACGGCGGCGCAGGGUACGGGUAUGGUGGCGGCUCUAACACCGUGCGCGUUCUCUGCAGGGCUGGCGAGGACUACAGCCUCACCGUGAGGAACGGGGCCGUGUGCCUCGCGCCCACAAACCCCAGAGACGAAUUCCAGCACUGGGUGAAGGACAUGAGGCACAGCACCCGCAUCAAGGACGAGGAAGGCUACCCUGCCUUUGCACUGGUAAACAAGGUCACCGGCGAAGCCAUCAAGCACUCUCUCGGACAGAACCACCCGGUGAAGCUUGUGCCUUACAACCCGGAGUACCUGGAUGAGUCGGUGCUGUGGACGGAGAGCAAGGACGUGGGCAAGGGGUUCCGCUGCAUCCGCAUGGUGAACAACAUCUACCUCAACUUCGACGCCCUCCACGGCGACAAGGACCACGGCGGCGUCCACGACGGCACCGAGAUCGUGCUGUGGGAGUGGUGCAAGGGCGACAAUCAGCGCUGGAAGAUCGUCCCCUGGUAGAGCGUGAUGUUGUGUACAUGUCCGUUUACAGUUCAGUAGACAGAAUAAACCAGCAGGUCUGCAGCUACGUUGGAUGCCAGUAUUCUAUUCGAGAGUCGGGACCAGAUCGUUUAUUUCAGGAUGUGGAUGAGCUGCCGGCCGGCGAGGUGGCUAUAUCGGCGUUUGGUCUUCUGGGUGUGGUCGACUAUUCGCUAGG